GCACCCCCUCCUCAUCGCAUCCACUCUCUCGUUCCUGCGUGGUCCCAGUCGCUCAUUGUCGUUGUGAAACCAGAUGCCAUGCGCUUAAGUGCCAGCAGCAGCAGGGUGGACCUUAAGCAUCCCGAGUAAACAUGCGAGACAUGGUUACAUGCUCCACGACGCCCUCCUUCGCUGCCUCCUCGCUCUCCUCCUCCCCAGGCCGGCCGUGCGGUCUUGAGGCAUGCCAACAUUUGCCUCGACGCUCGGAGCCACGUCGACCAUCACCGCCCUUGCGAGCAUCGGCUUCGUCCUAACCGCCUCUGAGUCCCACCCGCGCGCCAACACCGAUGCGAACGACCGCCGCGCUCAUGCUCAUGGUCCCGCCAGUGCAAGCAUUCCAGGCACGGCGCGGCCUGCUGCCGACAUGAGCGCGACCGCCACCGCCGUGUCGACCUUCAACGCCCACCCGCACCUGUUUGCUGAGCUGCCCGCGCGACGCAGCCAUGGGCGGAGGUCGCGCUCCAGCUCCACCAACACCGCCUCCACGACACUAGCAGCCAAGCGGCACAGCUACACCGGCCUCAGCGUGGGCAUGGAUCGAUCCUCGCGCCGACCGCAGACGCAGGAAGAGCACGGCGUCGCCGCAGACACCAAUACCUCUGCAACAGGAUCAGCCGCCAACAGCAAGUGGUUCCGCCGACUGUCCAGUUCAUUAUCCUCGUCUCGAGACUCCAGUCGCACUCCGACAUCACGCCCACCUUCUGCCGCCAUCUCGCACUCCAAUGGGUCGAUUACCCCUUCCGUCACCGGCUCGUCCACUCCCAUGGUUGCGGACAGCACACCACCAACGAACGAACGUCCACUUGCAGCCAACAAGCUCGUGAAGCGGACAACAUCGCUCAGCAGCACUCAUGGAUCGCCCAAUUCGCGGAUCCCCAUAUUUCGAAGGCCAGCUACAAGUCAUCAGCGCUCCGCGACGCUGCACGAGCGGCUAUCAGGUUCAGGCUGGGAUAGCCCCAUAUCCCGUGGUACCAGUUCUCCGUCCGGUAAUGCUUCUCAUUGGCGAUCAUACUUCUCGCCCGAAGCGACACGUGAGCAAUCGACAUUGACCAGACGACGAAAUUCGACAGGCAUCCCGAAUCCUGUACGUCGUAUGUUUCCUGAUCGAAAGUACACACCAACCCUGGUCUCCGCAAAGGAACCAGUUCGCGUGUCUACUGUCGAGGCCCCCUUUGCUGCAGAUGAACUUGAAACCUUUCACGCAACCACCGAAGUCAACGUGGCGCAGAGUACAGCUUCCUCGCCGUUUCCCAAUUACGUUCCUUUCUUCGAAGAAAGCGCGUCUCCCCGACGAUCCUUCUCCAUUGGUGACCUCCUCUCGACAGGGCCACAACCACUGUGGCGACGACCAUCAACGAGCAAUGGCAGACCGUGGUCUGCCAGAUCGAACCGCAGACUCAGGCCAGCUUCAAUGGGUGGUCUCGUGAGCAGGAACAUAGAGCCAGAGUUGGAACGCCCUGCCAAACGCCGCGAUUUAACCGACCCAACAUCGUCGCAGCGCAGCAUAUACUCGUCAUCUUCUAGCGAACAUCCUUCUUCCUCGGAUCCCGCCUACGAGGUCGACCUCCAACUUGGUGGCGAGCUGCCGCAAGCACCGUAUUCAGAAGAUGAAACAGCGCCUGCGCCAGGCUCCGGCGCACGCACACCGGAUCAUCAUCGCUUGCCCCCGGAGAGCGCGUUCGCGCCUUCGGCCAGGCAGCCAAGAAUCUCUGCGACCUACUCAGAAAUCGCUUCAACUGUCGGCUCGGAAAGUGAGCGGCGCUCGUUAGGUGACAACAGCACUGACUAUCAGAGCGACGUGUACUACGAUUCGAUUCCAACGAGGACAACGCGAAGCAGUUCGGGACGACGUGGGCCUCCCAUUGAAACCAUAUUUGACGAAUCACCCCCAACAUUCUCCUCUGGUCGGAGCACCAAACUCCGGGAUUUCUUGAGUGAUGGCCAUGAGCACAACAACGCCCGGUACAGCACUAUCGAGGAGGAAGGGAGCGUGGUCAGCACCCCAGUAAGGUCCCUCCGGAACAAGAGCAUUACUUCAACGCCUUCAGCACGCCCUGGAGCGACUCACAUCUUUUCGUCUUCGCCACCUACUAUGCGCCUAACGCCCGAUAUGGACGAUGAUGAUUGGGAUGCCGACAACGACGGUGGACUUGAGCCAGGCCUUGGCAUUCAACGACAUGACUCCAUGCCUUCCUUUGGCGGGCAAACAACAACACAAACGUUGCCAUUUCGUUUUGGUCCUGCUUUGCGAUUCACCAGUUCGAGAUCUGCGAAUUCCACGCCAUAUCGCAACGGAUACUCGCCAAUGGAAAAACCAAAUUUAUUUGAUUGGUCAGAGCCACAACCGAGUCCGAGUCAUCCUCAACAGUCUCCUCCCCGACCUCGUACUGUGCAUGGAAAGAAGGAUCAAGACAGCAGAGGAAGCAGACCGGCCGGUCGCCGACCUGUCAGCGGGAUGCACGCACGGAGUCACAGUGUGCCUGUCGUACCUGAUUUUGACAACAAACGUAGUAACGUUGUAGCCAACAAAUUUGGCACAUGGGGUGUCGGGAGCAAAGGUGUGACAGAAGACUGGAACGAUGACUUCGACUUCGACGAACUCCCCGAACCUGUACAAGAUAUCAACGAGAGCGACUCGAGGCGUAUUGACAGCGGGCAUGUUAUGUUCGUACCCAAAUCUAUUCGCGAACAGCAAGAGAAUGUGGUAGCCAACAUAAGCUUGCUGCGCGAGUGGGGGCUGUUGAUUGAAGAGCUGAAGGAACUGCGGAUUCGAGCUGUGGCCUUGAAUAUGCUGACCGGCACGUAUGCACAGUCGUGGCGAGAGGUGGACGCCAUGAUCGAGCUUGCAGACCAAGAAAGCGAGGAACACACUAUCGAACCCCGCCGAACCCCUCCCUCAUCUCCUGGCUUCGAUGUAAGUGCCUUCGAGGAAGUCACACCGAUCAAGUCGAACGUGAAGGCGAUACAACCCCAGCUCUCUGCGGAUGUCUCGCCAACACGCGGUCAAAAGCAGGGCACAACAAUUGUGACCCGGCCCCGAAAAGAUUCCGAACUCGUGGCUCAAAAGGUCAUCGCAGCUCUGCAGUCCAGGAGGAUCACAGAGGACUCGCCUGCGCUGUCUUCGAUAUACCCAACAAACAAGAAAGUGCCCUUCGAUACAGCUACACUUCGGCACAUUGUGCCGUAUGUUAGUAGCCUGAAACGCAAAGUGAAAGAUGCCUUGCGUGAAACUGAAGGCCUCUACACCAGUCCGAACCGGCGACGGUCACCCACGAACCACGAAGGGGCGGAAAAUAUGAGCGAUGAAGAACCUGCCUUUCGCAGUAUCUUCAACUCGCCCCAAGAUGACGACGUAACGAAUCGACGAUUGUCACGACGCAAACAGGCGACCACUGACCAUGAUGGCUCUGGAUCACCACUGAUGAGCCAUGGCGCUGGCCUCGACGAAAUGAUGCAAGACAUGAGCCUUCCAUCGUGAGCCAUGGUGCCUAAUAUACUGAUUCACUGAGACGAUGACCGAUUCAGGAAAAUGUGCGGAUUCCCUCACCCGCUGCAUUUGCAGCGCACUUGCCAAAACUUUUAUGAUUCACAGCACAUGAUGGCGUUCAGCAUGGCGUUUCUAGAAGACUACCAAAAGCAAAAGCGGAGAUCUGACCGCACCUGCUGUAGCGCGCGAGGACGCGCUGCAAGCACAGCACAUGUAGAACAAGGAACCGGGUUGAUGCAAGCCAGCGAGCAUACUCUUUGAUUGAUUACAGCUGCUUUGGCGGAGGCUCUCUUGAAAUGGAGCUCUUGAUAGCUCAUUCUCUCCGAUGUACAACGCAUAGCGUGGGAGGAUGUAUGAGCUCUAGCACGUGUAAUGAUAUACAAUUCACAGCCCACGAUGGCCAUAAGAAUACAACUGUGCACUUCUCCCGA